AGAAAAACGAUACGAUCUUAAGAUGACAUUGUUUUGUGUUGUGUGUGCAACAAGUUGUCUCAGACCAAAAAAGAAGAAGAAGAGGAUCUUACAUUACAGAUCAAGAAUAUUGCCAAAUAAAAUCUUGAUAUUUUAUCAUUAUCAAAUAAACAUUGUUUUCAUUUAUGAAUAUGCUUUUAUUCUAUUUAAUAUGUAUUAAUAGGUUUAGUUACUUAUUUAGUUCAUAAUAACUAUUUUAGGAUAUUAAAGAUUUUAUAAAUAUAAUGUUAUAUUGUAUAUAUACAAUAAAAAUGAAAACCCAGUUAAACUUUUUAGUGUAGUUAAAACUAUUCACAUUUGUUUAUCAACACAAUAAGUUGUAUAAAAUUUAUAUAGUUUUGUAUAAUAUUUUUGAUAAUAUAGUUUUUGUUAGUUUUGCGUUAAGCCCUUACUAGUUGAGACGACAUUGAGUUUACGAUCCCAAUUAAAUUAGACAUGGGAAAAUUAUCCGAUCCAAAGUUUCGAACAUGAUCCGCUCUAAAAUUUAAGGCACCGAACCGGAUCCGAUCCGACAUAGAUAUCCGAAUAAUAUUUGAUUUUUUUUUUAUAUCUGAGGAACCGGAUUUGAAUCAGAACUGAACCUAAAAAACUAGAGAUAUAUGAAAACCAAAAUACAUGAAGUAUAAAUAUAUAUAUCUAGAAAUAAACAUUUUAUUAAUACUUAUAAUAAGUAAGUUUUUAAGAAAAAUAAUAAUUAUAAUUCUGAAUAUACUAUUAAGAUUUUGAAUAAUUUGGAUAUGUUUAAUUAUUUUGGAUAUUUUUGCUUACUUUUGGAUUAAAAAUACUGAUAUAAGCUGGGUAUUUCAGAUAAAAUCGAUUAUUUUCUAUACACUUGGGGGUUAGCAAAAGUGGAUAUGAACUGGUUUCGAUUGCUUCCCCGUUUUCCGGGUAUAACAUAACCGAUCCGUACCUAAAAAGUUAUUGAAGCGAAUCCGAUCUGAAACUCUAAACUAUCCGAUCAAUGCCAAUUUUUCUAGAUCUGAAAUACUCGAUAUCCAAAAUAUCUGACCCGAACCCUAUCUGAUACCAAUCCUAUAUCAUAUGGUACAUGAAACAUUAAGUAGAAAUGAAAAUAUUGAUCCCAAAUAAAAAAUAUCAUUCAAGUAUUUAACCAAAGUUCAUUAAACCAUAUGUUUAAAUAGAAAAAUAUAUCAAAUAUUUUAUUCAAAUUUCUGUGAUUUCGAACAAUAAGAGUUCAUUAUUGUUAAUUUAUAUUUAUUUUAUUUUUUGGAAGAGGAUCAUUGUUAAUUUUUUUUUUUCAUGUAUGCCGUCUUCAGUUGUUCUAAUUUCACGCGACUAAUAAUUUUUGUUAUUCUUCUUGCGACUAAUAAAAUUUACACCAAAUUACCUUAUGUUCAAUUGUUCCUCUAAAGCAAUCAAACCAAAUAAAAAAAUCUUGCGCGCUCUAUUUCAGUCUCCUUCUCUAUCUCUAGUCUCUUAACUUAUUGUUCCCUUCUCCAAGAAUCACCUUAAGAAUCACCGUUUCAGAUCAAAUAUGUUCUUGAUUUCGUAAAUGGAAAGUCCUCCUGUUCAUAGGUUCACUCAAGACAAAAAUGCAUAAGAUUACAUCACUACGUGAAUUGAAGAAUAUUUGAGGAAAUCGAAGAUCCAUAUUAAUCUCUAUGUUCUUUAUUGGAUGUGUUCCAGACUUAUGACAUGGUCAUGGAAGCGUGAAACUCUUCAUGAGCAGGGAAGACAUCAUGAAACAUCUAUGGAAUCGAUUUAAAACCCAUCCUGCUUGGACCAACACAAGUAAGUGAAUUCAUUUUUCACUUAAUUGUUAAUGGGUCAGAGGAAAAACGUUGGCUAAUUGGAAUGUUUGUGUUUUGUAGUUUUCGAUCACGUUGAACGUGAGAAUCCUGAGGACUUCAAAUCCUACAAUGAAUCUUUGUCCUUUGCCCAUCAAUCGUUGAACUUUGAGCCUGAUUCACCAAGUAAGUAGUAAAACCUAAUUUUUUGUGUGGCUCAAGUUUCAGUUUCUUUGGGUUAUGCUGUGCUGAAAAAGUAACGUCUCCUACUAAUAAUAAUAUUAACAUUUGUAUACUCCGGAUCCAUAUUCUUAUGAUAACUGUUGUAUAAGAUCUUAUAAAUAAGGGGAAGUAGAUUACGUUAGAUCUAGCAUAUGCUCUUAGUUUUCUAAGUAUAUAAGCCACCGGUUGAGGUGCAAUACAACUCACUAGAUCUGCUUAUUUGAUUUAUGUUUUACUCUCUUUGAUAAGAACUGAUCAGUUUCGAGUAUUUUGGGUUAAGAGAUUUUAACCCAUUUACGAAUCAAAAGAGUUUUAGUUCAGUUUUAGUUCAGUUUCGAAUCCUUUCUUUAUGUAUUUUUGGAUCUGUUCUUAAUUUGAAAACCGGUAAAUAUUUUUAAUUUGAAUCUAAUAUUAUUGACUAUUUUUAGAAUUAACGUGAACUUCUGAUAAAAUUCAAAAUCAUAAGUUGUUUCCGUCAAGUUUCUGGAAAUUUCUCGGAAAGUAGAUCGAAUAUGUCAUCUGAAAAUAAUCGGAGAUUUCUUAUUUUCUUCCGAGAAAAAGUUAUGAAGAUUAAAAAAACAAUUUCUUCAUAUCAUUCGCCAUCUUAGGUUUGGGUUUCUCCUGGUGUUUGUUUAUUAUGAUUUUACUCUGAUUUUGUCGAUUGUUUUCUCUGUUUUGAGACCGUUUUUUUAAUUAUUCAUGCUCUGUUUUAGAGCAAUCAGUAAUCCAAUCUUCUAAGAAGAAAAUUAAGCUAAUAUAAUGAGAAAUAUUUCGCUUAUUGAUAAUAAAGGGAGUAAAGAUUUGCUAAAAUCUGAAACUUGUAUAUUCAAGGAUAAAGAUUAUACAGGUGUAUAUAUAUAUACAGAGUAAGAUUAUAAUGAGUGUUAGAGUAAUUGGAGGAGUGAUUCUCGUGAAAUGAUCAUAUAGCCGCGUAAAUGAGAUACUCAUCCUCAACCAUUGUUACCUUCUUUGGUUUUUGGUGAUUAGAAAGGAGCUUUUAAUUGAAAAAACAUUGGGAAGAGAUGAAGUGAGAGUGUGGUAAGAAACUGACUUGUUCUUUAUAAAAGGAUAUUACUGAGAGCCAAGUUUAUCGGUAUUCCCUUCAAAAUUUUAAUCGGGAGUUUCUAAGAGUUCAAAAUAUCUAAACGGAAAAUACAAUUUAGAUUCUGAGAAUGUAGCGACAAUCUGGGUUUAAUUUUCCAGACCUCUUUCCAGCAACACAUCAUCGUUGUAAUUACUAAGGAAGUUCCAACAUUUAUGUGAUGAAGAUCACUGUCGGUAUCUCCUCGGAAACUAUUCACACACAGAUAUAUCGACAACACCGUCGUUCUCGAAAAACUAUGUGAUACUGAGAAGAUUCUGAGAAACGUUUCUGGGAAUCUACCGAGAAAAUCAAUUGAUCGUAAUUGUUUCAACAAUUUUUGCCGAGAAAAUAUCGUCAAAAAUGUUUUGUCAAUAUUUUCCGAGGAGAUACCGACAAAAACGUUCAUUCAUCGGAGAACUGUCGCUAGAUUGUAAAUAAUAUUCCGAUGUCUCUUAUUCUCAGAAAUUUUUUUCGGAGUUCGUGAUGAUUUCUUGUAGUGAACUUUACGAUCAUGUGUGAUACAUCGAGCAUUAUAUUUUUUUUUUAUAAAAUUUUGAUCCAAAAUUGUUUAAAUAGAAUUGAAAAGGUACGAUGGUAAUGUAUGCAACAUUUAAAAACAGUUAGAAUUGAAUUGGUAUAUAUAACAAUAAUAUAAAGUUGCAACCAUAAGAAUUUUACAACAAAUAGAAUUGAAAAUGUAUGAGUAGUAAAAUAUGCAACUUUUAAAAAGUUAAAUAGAUAGAUGAUAUUUUGUGACAUUUUUCACAACCUUUGAGAAUGAAAAACACAACUUUUCACGUUAACUGAGAUUGUCAUUAUUAGUAGAUAUAUUUCUAUAUUUUUAUUGGGAAUGCAAGUAUUAGUUUUUUUUAAUCUCUCUGCAACUGAUAGAAUCAGUUACCUGUUGAUAUUCCAAGAUAAAAGCCAACUCAAUCAUGUCUAUGUUUUCCGGUCCACAUCGUUAACAACAGCGAACAUAAAUUUUUAUUAUAUGUUUAUAGAAUCUGAUGACCAGUCGUUACCAAUAUUCAGUAGAUUCUUACGUAAACAUAAGAAUACCCGUCAAGCGGUUGGUCAAUAGAUUAAAAGACUAACAUACCUAAAUAUUUUUGUUCGGAGUAACGUUUUUGUACGACGAAAUACGAUUCUCCCGCUGAUAACUCAUAUAUAAAAUGUAGCCUUUUACUGUUUUAUAGAAGCAAAAUAUAUGUUACCCAAAAAAAAUAAUAACAAAAAAUGGAAGCAAAAUAUAUUUCUCAUUUACGAAUGGAAAAGACAUGACAGCUAAUUAAAAACUCUUCUUCUUUUUGAUAAUUUGUGUUUUUCUUUUUCUUUUUGUUAAAUACUUUAGUAUUCUCUUUUUUCUUUUCUUUUGACGUCCAAAGUAGAUAUACCAAUAACGAGAUAGUCGUAUUCUCAAUGGAACAAAGUUUUUUUUUUUUUUUUUUUUUUUUGGUAACUCUGUAUCUGGGCAGCCACAUUUCCAACUAUGCCCCGUAAGGAGUCCAGCGCCCCAACGGAAGGGAUGUUAAAUCUGUUGUGGCCAAGACUCGAACCCGGGUGACGGACAAUACAGUUGUACCUCCUUUACCACCAAGCCACGAGCGCUUGGUUCAAUGGAACAAAGUUGCUGAAAUGUCUGCUGAUGUCAAAUUUUGAAAGCCACAAAGCUGUGAAAUUUUCAAAACAAUACCCAAAAUAGAAAAGUUGACAUGUCGAUCUGGAUGGAUUAGUAAAACAAGAUAAAAUUUAGAUCACUAAGCAUAUCGACUACUCAUAAUUUCGUCCUUAACUUCUAUUUAAUCUCAUACUAUUACCUGGAGAAGAAAAAAAAACUGAUACUUAUUGAUUUUUGCAGUAAUCUUAUCAUCAGCAUCUCCAUUUUUAGUUUCUAUCUAGAUAAAAGCCAGCAAAUAUACGACUUAAUUCAAAUCCUAAAAUAGCAAUCUCCAACCAACGUACCAGUUUUGUUAGCAUAUAUAUAACAGUGUCAAAUUGUUGAUAAACAAAACACACACAACCAGAAAAACACAAAGCAAUGAGUUAUCCUAUGCAAACAAAAGGAAACAGAGCACUUUCCUUUGUUUCCACACUUCUCCUAAGUAUCCUCUUCUUCAUCUCCAAGCCAUCGAACGCCCAGUCUUCUUCUCCAAAGUUCGCAUGUGACGUCACCAAAAACCCUUCUCUAGCCGGUUACGGAUUCUGCAACACGGGUUUGAAUGCCGAAGCCCGAGUCACCGAUCUUGUCGGAAGAUUAACUUUGGAGGAGAAAAUCGGGUUUCUUGUCAGCAAAGCUACCGGCGUGAGCCGUCUUGGGAUUCCAGAUUAUAACUGGUGGUCGGAGGCACUUCACGGAGUCUCUGAUGUCGGAGAUGGUUCUAGUUUCAAAGGUCCAGUCCCUGGUGCCACUAGCUUCCCUCAAGUCAUACUCACCGCUGCUUCCUUCAACGUAUCUCUCUUCCAAGCCAUUGGCAAGGUUGUGUCGACGGAGGCGAGGGCAAUGUACAACGUUGGAGCAGCUGGAUUAACGUUUUGGUCACCGAAUGUGAACAUAUUCCGUGACCCGAGAUGGGGAAGAGGUCAAGAGACCCCCGGCGAGGACCCCACGCUCGUUAGCAAAUACGCGGUGGCUUAUGUUAAAGGUCUUCAGGGUACUGACGGUGGAGAUCCUAACCUUCUUAAAGUUGCCGCUUGCUGCAAACACUACACGGCCUAUGAUGUUGAUAAUUGGAAAGGCGUUAGUCGUUACACUUUCAACUCCGUGGUGAACCAACAAGAUAUGGACGAUACGUUUCAACCGCCGUUUAAGAGCUGUGUGGUUGAUGGGAAUGUGGCUAGUGUCAUGUGCUCUUACAACCAAGUUAACGGUAAACCGACAUGCGCUGAUCCUGACCUGCUUUCUGGUGUGAUCCGCGGUCAAUGGAAGUUAAAUGGGUACAUAGUUUCGGAUUGUGAUUCAGUAGAAGUGAUGUAUGCGAACCAACACUAUACCAAGACUCCAGAGGAAGCUGUGGCCAAAUCUAUGUUGGCAGGUUUGGAUUUGAACUGUGAUCAUUUCACAGGUCAACACGCACUGGGCGCGGUCAAGGCUGGUUUGGUAAACGAAACAGAUGUUGACACUGCGAUUUCAAACAACUUCGCGACUCUGGUGCGUUUAGGAUUCUUCAAUGGCGACCCCAAGAAGCAGCCCUACGGUAAUCUUGGUCCUCAGGACGUUUGCACUGCCGAGAACCAAGAACUCGCUAGAGAAGCCGCAAGGCAAGGCAUUGUCUUGCUCAAGAACUCUCCUGGUUCGCUUCCGUUCUCACCUUCUGCUAUCAAAACGCUAGCAGUGAUCGGGCCAAACGCUAAUGUCACCGAUACAAUGAUCGGAAACUACCACGGCGUACCGUGCAAGUACACAACACCCCUCCAAGGCCUAGUGGAAACAGUGUCGGCGACGUAUCAGAUGGGCUGUCCUAAUGUGGCGUGCGCGGAGGCGGAUAUAGAUUCAGCAACUUCUGUAGCGGCUUCUGCUGAUGCGGUUGUGCUCGUGAUGGGAACAGAUCUAUCCAUCGAGAGGGAGGACCAUGACCGAGUCGACUUGUUCCUUCCCGGAAAACAGCAACAGCUUGUGACUGAGGUGGCUAAGGUUGCGAAAGGACCGGUGGUGCUAGUCAUCAUGUCCGGUGGAGGAUUAGACGUUACUUUCGCCAAGAACGAUCCGAAGAUCACAAGCAUUAUGUGGGUCGGGUUUCCUGGUCAAGCCGGCGGUCUCGCCAUCGCUGACGUCAUCUUCGGUCGUCAUAAUCCGAGCGGAAAGUUGCCGAUGACGUGGUAUCCUCAGUUGUACGUGGAAAGUCUUCCGAUGUCCAACAUGAACAUGAGACCCGAUAACUCAACCGGGUAUCCGGGUCGAACUUACCGAUUCUACACCGGAGAAACAAUAUACGCCUUCGGAGACGGAAUAAGCUACACUCAUUUCAACCACCGGCUAAUCAAACCCCCACGGCUCGUGUUCCUCAGUCUAGCCAAGAGCCACCCUUGCCGAACUUCAAAGUGCCAAUCAGUGGACGCGAUCGGACCUUACUGCGGGAAAGCCAUCGAAGUCCAGCUAAGAGUAAGGAACGCAGGGGAGAGAGAAGGGACCGACACGGUGUUUCUGUUCACGACUCCGCCGGCUGUACACAGGUCGCCGGUUAAGCAUCUGCUAGCGUUCGAGAAGGUUCGUCUGGGGAAGAAAGAAAAGGCGGUGGUUAGGUUUAACGUGGAUGUGUGUAAAGAUCUGAGUGUGGUUGAUGAAACAGGGAAGAGGAAGAUCGCUUUGGGGGUACAUGUUCUCCAUAUCGGAAGCUUGAAGUACUCCUUGAUUGUUAGGAUCUGAUGUGAAUGGAAAUUUGUUUUACAUUUGUGUUCAAUGUUUUAGUUUCUACAAGAAACGAAAAAUUCAUUGAAAUAAAAAGUUAAUUUUUUUUUUUACUGUUUCUACUUCAUCUUCUCACUCAGAUCGCACAAGUUCAUUUAAAUUAGUGUUAUUUUUUAACCGGACCAACGUGAGUACUUAACCGGACCAACGUGAGUACGUAAUCAGGACGAAUUGAACCGAGAAUCUGAUCUUAACCGAAUUAAACCGACUUUAGUUUGUCAAUAGUGUUAAGAUAGAUAUAACAGCUUUUAAUAAAUACUAGUGGUAUUCCGGCGCUACGCGCCGGGUUCGUAUAUUUUUUUUCUUAAAUAAAUUUACAAUUAGAAUCUUAAUAGUAAACAAAAUAUGUCAGAUGUCAGGGAAGUUCCACAAACAUGUAAAUAAGAUUUCGAUAGAGAACACUACCCCCACCAAAAAACUACAAAGCUCGCAUUAACAACCAAAUGAAAACAAAAAAAAAGGAGAAAAAAACAAAUCGAUCUUACAAAAAAAAAUGUAAAUUGUAUCACAAAAUUAAAUGAUACAAACUUCUAUCAUUUAUUUUUAAAUGAUACAAAAGAUAGAUCCACCAAGAUCGUACUUAGUCUGCCAAAUAUAACUUAAUAGAUGGUCUCUCUAGGAUAACAAAAAAAAAAGUUAAUUACGAUAUGGUAAGGUUAAUACUGGAGUCUAAAGCCAUGAACCUGCUGCUGUUUUUAAAAUGUGUGGGAUUGGUAGUGUUUCGGUUAGAAGUAUUGGGUUAAGUUCGGGUAUUGAUCGGCUGUAUUUCAUAGUCCCGUUAACAGUGUUGUGUUUUAAGUUUUUUAAAGUGUCAUUCACUUGGCUUUGCCAAUUGUGGGUGACCCUUUUUGUAGUGGAAAACUAUGUUGUUAGUUUUUUGGUCUCUUAUGCUCUAGUGGUUUGAUAAAUAACUUGUCUGUCAAGUAAUAUGUGAACCUUUAACUUAUUUUGUUUCAGCGAAUUGAUGUAUAAUAUCAUAUUUCUUUGACUGUUUUGAAGCAUUUUACAGUGGAUGUGCAAGAUCACGUC